UUACGAAAUCAAAUACGGGGAGUGUGUCUGUGCACGUUUUUGCUAUUCAUGCUAUGAAUUUGUACCAGACAUUUACGAAAUCUAUACGGGGAGUGUGUCUGUGCCAGUUGUUGAUAUACAUGCUCUGAAAGACAAAGUUGACCGACAUAGUUUUACAAUAUGACACCAAUGUCUACGGGAUUCACCGACGAGCGACUGGGCGAAGCACAGAGUCCUGUAGGAAUGGAUUAUAUCCCCACAGAAGACGAGAGGAGAGUCUUCAGAGAAUGCAACCAGGAGAGUUUCUGGUACAGAUCCGUGCCCUUCUCAGUGGUCAGCAUGCUUGUCACUCAAGGCCUCAUCCAUAAAGGAGCUCUGACGUUGUCAUCCAGGUUUGGAUCUCUCCCUAAAGUGGCCUUUGCGGGGCUGUGUGGCUACCUGGCAGGGAAGAUGUCGUACAUGAAACAUUGUCAGGAGAAGUUCAAGAGGCUGGAGCACUCCCCUCUGGGAGAAGCACUGAGACAGAGGACCAGACCCAACGCACAGUCGUCUCAGGGCCCCCAGUCAGAGAUGAGUGACCCCGACCAGGUGACCUUUGACCCCAUGUUCCAGGCCUCUGACCCCCAGAGCCAGGUCCCGCCCAACGCCAGAGACUAUGGAUACAGUGACGCCCCCACCGCGGAACAGACCAGCCGCACCGCUGCAGACGUCGACUACAACAUGCCAGCCCAGUCGUUCCUGGAUGACGAGGAGCCCAGGAGGAAGCCCAUCAUGUACGAGGACCUAAGGAACAAGAACCGAGAAACCUAUGAGGUCACGCUUACCCAGAAGGCUGAGACGCUGCUCAAACCAGAGUCUGACCGGCCAGGGAGGACCGCCCCCAAGAAGGACGCAGGGAAGAAGAACGUCUACGGAGACAGCUUGGAGUGAGUCUCUCCAUCUGUUAUCACUGACAGUGCUGAUUGGACUACAAUACCCACAAACCCCUUCUGGUUGCUUUGCUAUUAUUGACGUCUCAAUUUAUGGGAUUAUGCAUUUCCUUGAUUCCUUGCGUCCUCUCUCCUCAUAACCCAUUGGAUGAGGAGGUCAGGGGGUAGGCAGGUAGCCUAGGGGUAAAGAGCGUUGGGCCAGUAACCAAAAGGUUGCUGGUUCAAAUCCCCGAACCAACUCGGUGAAAAAUCAGUCGACGUGCCCUUGAUCAAGGCAAUUAACCACAAUUGCUCCUGUAAAUUGCUCUCGAUAAGCGUCAGCUAAAUUACUUUAAAUUAGGCCCCCCCCCUGCGAGGAAUCAAGGAAAUGAUAUUCUCCCAUUUGUCUGUCUGAUUCUGUCUUUUGAAAACAUGUCAAUAAACCCAAUUGGUUUUGAAAUUGCA